AUGGCGAUGGUUAAAGAUUUCGAGGUGUCAGCUUCUCUUCCAGUAGAGCUUAAGGAGGCGGUCACAAUCCUGCUGCAUAAGAAUGGGGAUCGGGACCAGCUGAACAACUACCGGCCCAUCACCCUCCUCAAUUUCACAUACAAGGUGCUAGCUAAAGUCCUGGCGGAUCGGAUGAAGCGGAUUCUGCAUCAGGUCAUCUCACCUGAGCAGUGCGGGUUCCUUCUAGGAAGGUGCCUGUCGGAUGCAGUUGCGCUGGUCGCAGAUAUCAUCGAUGUGGCGAAGAAUGAAAAGGCCGACCGGUACAUGUUGCUGGUUGAUUUCCAAAAAGCCUUCGACUCGGUGUCGAGGGACUUCCUUUUCCAAGUGCUUCGGAAGAUGGGAUUCCUGGAGCAGUACGUAGGCUGGAUUGAAGGCCUGCAUGAGAACACCACGACGAAGCUCCUGGUCAAUGGCUGGCUUGGUGAAGGGUUAAACGUGGUCUCGGGGGUCAGGCAAGGCUGCCCGCUUGCACCUUACCUUUUCUUGUGUGCGGUGGAGCCGUUGGCUCAGGAAGUGGAGAGGGAGAAGCUGGGGCUCAGUAAGAAAGGGCAGCAGCUCAGUUACCUCGGGAAUGAAAUUCUUCAAGAGCGGGUGGUUUUCAACAAAAAUAUUCUGUUACGCGACACCACGCCUAUCGGCGGUCAGAAGGACGCCAGGAAGCUGUGGGACCUGCGGCUGGAGGAUCUGUUCACAAGCAGUGAAGCAGGAGUGCUUGUGCAGAAAUCUGUGGCAGAACUAACGGAGCUUCUGGGCAGCAACGGUCCGGCGAAGCUAGCGCUGAAGGCAGUAGCCUCUCUCCCUGCCGGGUGGUACAGAGAGUUAGGGUUUCCAACUGUCCUCCCUUGCUCGGCUGCCUCUCCUCAGCUGCUGAACGUCCUGGUGGAUGGGGGCAUCAUCCCCAUGAAGCGGAUGAAAGAAGGGUGGAAGGAGGCUCAGAAGGAGUCAUACAAGCGCGCCAAGUGGGCGGCACGAUGGGGUGAGAGCAUCAACUGGAAGAAGGUUGUGAGCACGUACGACUCUUUGGCGGUUCCUAGCCGUCUGCGCGAUGUGCUCACACGCAUCCACGGUCUAAAUCUGCAGGUGGGAGAGCGUCUGGCUUUCCUCAGCAGCAAGCCGCUCUUCAGCGCGCUCUGGGCAUGUUAA